AAUUGCUCUUACUUUGAGACAUCAUCCAAAUUCGUUCAACAAGAAAACGAAAAAUGAGUCCUUGUCCUUUCGUCUCUCUCUUCCUCAUCUUCUUUCUCACCUCCCUCCACGCUGCAUCUGCAGAUGGCGGUAACACCAACAUCAUCCACGAAACGUGCAAGAAAUGCGCGCAAGCAGACCCCAACGUCAGCUACAAGUUCUGCGUCGCGUCGCUCGAGUCGAACCCAAACAGCCUCAGUGCUGACCUCCAUGGGCUCGGCCUCAUCUCCAUCAAGCUGCUGCGACACAACAUGACCCACACGAGGUCUUAUACCAAGAAGCUUUUGAAGAGCAAGAAGAUGGAUCCAUUCAUCAAAGCAUGCUUGCAAGAUUGCUUGGAGCUGUACUCCGAUGCAGUCCCGACACUAAAAGAGGUGAUCAGAUCCUACAAGGCCGAGAAGUAUGAGGACGCAAACAUCAAUCUGAGCUCGGCGAUGGAGGCGUCGACGACGUGCGAGGAUGGGUUCUCGGAGAAAGGCGUGGUGUCACCAUUGACCGAGAGGAACGAGGACGCAUCUCAGUUGUCGGCUUUGGCUCUCUCGAUCGUUACCAUGCUUUCACGUUCUUCGCAUUAGUUAGCAUUGAACGUUGUGGCCUUUCAUUGCUGUCGACUCCUGCAUCGUCGUGUUCGGCAUACCGGUCUUGCAAUUUGAAUUGUUUAUUCGUUUACAUAUGAACUUGAAUGAUAACGCUGUGGUUUUCUUGCACGAUUUAUUGAUUAUAUCGGAAUUCUUUGUGUUUGUCACUGCGGCCUAUCAAUUUGCUGUUUUCUUGUGAUUAAUUGAAUUAUUUUGGAAGAUGAUUGAUA